AUGAUAUCCAUCGAUAAAAUUCCAUACACUUACCAAGUCCAACCAUCUACUCAUUCUCAUUUGAUGAAAGAGGAUGAAAUUGCACCUGGAUUUACAUUAGAAGAGUUCAAACAAAGACAUCGUAAUUUAUUUAAUUUAAUGAAAGAAAAUUCAGUAUUGAUUUUAGGGUCGAGAAAGGAAUAUUUCAUGUCUCCAAAUGUUAGAUAUCCAUACAAGCAGGAUUCUAGUUUUUAUUAUUUGAGUGGAGUGAGCGAACCAGAUUGCUUUUUGGUCUUUAAAAAAACAGACUCUGGAAAUUCUAUAACAUUAUACGUGAGAGAAAAGAGCAAAAAAGAAUUCUUUCAUGGAGUGGUUAAUGGAGUUCAAUCGUUGCAAAACCUUUGGGGAGAUUACCUUCAAGUGAAACAAGUCAAAGCAUUUGUUCGAGAUUUACAGAUAAUUGUUAAAAAUUUUUACACACUGUACUAUGAUCCUGAUUAUGACGAAAGAUUAUCUCAAAUUAUUAUAGAGAGCGGAGGAGGCAUGGAAUUCUUUAAGGGACCGUCACAGAAAUUUAAAAUUUUCUAUCCUGAAAAUUUAAUUGCCAUGCUCAGGAGUAUUAAAUCCAAGGCAGAAAUAGAGCUCACAAAACGAUGUGCACACAUCAGUGCUCAAGCCUUUAUUGAGCUCAUGAAACAGAUUAGACCUGGAAUGUCUGAAGCACAUGCAGAAGCAAUAUUGGAGUUUCAGUGUAAAAUAAGAGGAGCACAAAGACUUGGUUAUCCUCCUGUCGUUGCCUCAGGAGAUAGAGCAAAUAUCAUACACUACCUUACCAAUAAUCACAUUAUGGAAGAUGGUGACUUGAUUCGAAUUGAUGGCGCUGCCGAAUAUUAUGGAUACAUGAACGAUAUUACACGAACGUUUCCUGUAAAUGGAAAAUUCACACCUAUGCAGAAAAAGCUCUAUCAGGCCGUGUUGGACAUUCAAAAGAAAUGCAUUGAUUAUCUUAAAAAGCACUUGACAGAAACAAUAACAAUUAAUUCGUUCCAUGAGUAUUCCAUGUGUCUCACUCAAGAUGCUUUGGCUGAACAUUUCAACAUUGGCUCGGGAUAUGGAAAGAACACACUAGAGAUAAAUCAACUCAUUGAAGAGGUUUUAUACCCUCACAUGAUUGGUCAUGCUACAGGAAUGAAUAUACAUGAAGAUGUUCCAGGAAGAGACGAUAAAUUAGGACCUGGAAUGAUCAUUACUUGUGAGCCAGGAAUUUAUUUCUCAAAACAAGUGAAGAGUUACAUACCUAAUCCUCAAUUGCAUGGGCUAGGAGUUCAAAUCGAAGAUGACAUUUUACUCACAGAAAAUGGAAUUGAAAUUCUUUCUCAUGAAACUCCAAAAGAGAUUGAAGAAAUUGAAUCUAUAAUGAGUAUGAAUAGCAAGACCCCUCCAAUUUCUUUUUCAUUCUGA